CAAGGCCAGAUUUUGCCAACUCAUGCCACAAGCAGCAUAUUUUUCUUGACAGCACUAUGGUGGCAAUGCAAAGGAUUGCAGUUACAUUAGAAAGUGUGAUAAAAACUGCGCAUUUCCGUAGCAUUUUUCGGAAAGAAAGACUAUUCCAAGUCACUUCAGUCGAAGUACUUUUGACGUCAAAUUACAACUGUAAUGUGAGCGGGCAUUUGAAUGUGCAGCGGGUUCCAAAAAAACACUGGACAAUCGAUGUUUGUAGAAGUUGGCCGAGUAAUAAAUUGCAGGAACUUACCGCAUCAAUUGGCGGACUGGAUCGGAAAGUGAAUGUGCCUUCUCAGCAACCGGAAGCCCAGCCUUGCGGAAUUAACAUGGCAUCGGUGAAGAUUGGAAUUAUUGGUGGCUCAGGGCUGGGUGACAUGGAUAUUUUGGAGGAAAAGUGUGAGAAACAUGUCGAUACCCCAUUUGGAAAGCCCUCGGAUGUCCUUGUGGUGGGAAAGAUCAAAAAUAUUAAUUGUGUUCUCCUUGCAAGACAUGGGAGGGGUCACUCCAUUAUGCCGACAAAUGUCAACUACCAAGCAAACAUCUGGGCAUUAAAGAAUGAAGGUUGUACCCAUAUUAUUGCCGCAACAGCAUGUGGUUCAUUGCAAGAAGAUAUCCAACCUGGGGAUAUUGUCAUUAUCGAUCAGUUUAUUGACAGAACUACAAAAAGGCAUCAAACAUUUUAUGGUGGGAGUCCAACCAACCCAGUUGGGGUUUGUCACAUUUCAAUGGCAGACCCAUUCUGUAAGAGAAGCAGAGAGGUGUUAAUAGAUGUUGUGAAGAAGCUUGGUAUUAAGCACCAUACUAAGGGAACCAUGGUUACAAUUGAAGGACCGCGUUUCUCCUCUCGAGCUGAGAGUCUGAUGUUCCGUCAGUGGGGUGGUGAUGUCAUCAACAUGACCACAGUUCCAGAAGUUGUACUAGCUAAAGAAGCAGGCAUCAGCUAUGUGAGCAUUGCCAUGGCGACUGACUAUGACUGCUGGAAGGAAAGUGGAGAUGUGGUAACUGUGGAAAUGGUCCUCAAAGUAAUGAAGGAGAAUGCGAACACGGCAUUGAAAAUAAUUCUUGCAGCAGUUGCACAGAUUGCAUCCAUGGAUUGGCAAGAAAGCAUAAAAAAUUUGAAAGCAUCUCAGGAAGCAUCAGUUAUGUUACCAACGCAUUGAAACUCCAGUGAUUGAAGAUGGUCCUGUUGCUCAAGAAUACUUGCAUAUCCUGUUGAUUGUCUUCACUUCAAUUUUCAUGAUUAAUGUUACAUUAAUAAUAAAAUCUGGUAAUCAGAACUAGACUACCUGAUAACAAUCCCACUCUCACACAUUCGGAUAAAAUUGUGGAGAAAGUAAGCUUGUAAGCGUAUCCAUUGCUGCUGCUUGGAAGCUGGAAACAGUUGAAAUACGUCCAAUAAACAUAAAAAAGAAACAGUUGAUCUUUAAAGAAUAUUGCAGUAUUAAGUUACAAAGUGAGUUAUAUCACAUGAUGUGGCAGAAAGUUGGGCAAAUAUAAAAUGCAGCUCGCUAAAGUAAAACUUGUGUGGAGAUCUACCACACAUUCCUUCUAUUUGAUCAGUGUUUUAUUUUAAUACAGUGUGGCCAAGAAGUCUUAUUAACAUAUAUCUGCAUGUUUUAAUCCCAGGUCAAUAGCAGUACUUUGUCUUUCAUUUGUAUCAUUCUGCAACUUUGGUAAAUUAAAAUAUAUUCUGUAAAAUAA